UGAGAUGUACUCGCGAUUCGCGCUCAUCAUGUGCGUGUCAAAAAAAUGAUCUGAUUGGCUAUUCCGACGUAGAGCUUCGCGAGUUUAUCAAUCGCCCGUCAUCAGCCAUGUCUGCGUUGCUAUAGGUAUUAUACCCUACGCAUAUAUAUUUAUAUAUAUAUAUAUCUUCGAGUUCCAAGAUCGAACGGGUGAUGUAUAGUGCGCGCGAAGAGCCGCGAUGAAAUAACAAAAACAAGUGCGAGCGAGCUAAUCCGUGCUGGCCCCUGCAUCGACAAUUUCAUCGCACACGCGAUUAGCAUAAAAAGGCGAGAAGUAAAAACGAGUCGCUGCAGGAUUCUGACAUAGACACAUCACCGGGAUCGCUGCAGAGAGAAGAUAUGAAAUGCUGAUGCUCUAAGUAUAGUUAAAUGAGGGACUUAGGAUAGUCCCAUCUAUUACUAUCAUGUCAGAUGGAGUUGAUGGAGGUGGUGGGGAAAAUGAGGUAGACUCGCACUCCUCUGCACAUGCCGAGACUGGGGAGUCUACUAAUCACAGAGAAGAUGAAUCACAAGAUCCUGACAGUGAAGCUGCCUUAAAUACAAAUUAUGAUAGUAGUGAUGGAGCUGUACCUGCAUUUAGAUGUGAUAGGUGCGACAAUUAUGAAACCAUAAAUAAAACAGCCUUAUGCGCACAUCAAGACCAAUGUUUGGUGGGUGUGGAAGCUGCAGAAAGCGCGGAAAGCAUAGAAGGACCAGAAAAUGAUGCUGAUGCGGAAGAGGGACAUUCAGGUCAUAGAUCUCAUCGUAAGAUGUUUGAAUGUGAUGUUUGCAAUAUGAAAUUCUCAAAUGGAGCUAAUAUGCGGAGGCAUAAGAUGAGGCACACGGGAGUUAAACCAUAUGAGUGCCGCGUUUGUCAGAAGAGGUUUUUCCGAAAAGAUCAUCUUGCAGAACAUUUCACAACUCACUCGAAAACCUUACCAUAUCAUUGCCCCAUUUGUAAUAGAGGAUUUCAGCGCCAAAUAGCUAUGAGGGCACAUUUUCAGAAUGAACAUGUCGGUCAGCAUGAUAUGGUCAAGUCCUGUCCUUUAUGUCAUUAUAGAGCUUCCACCAUGAAAUGUCUUAGACUUCACUUUUUUAAUAGACACGGCAUAGAUCUCGAUAAUCCGGGUCCCAAUAGUUCGACCUCGCUUAUGAGUAGCUGUUCACCCGGUGAAGCCAUGUCCUCGGCACCGCUCUCAGAUAGUGGCGAUAGUACUGGAAAUAGAUCCGCCGAUAAUGCAACGCCGCCGAUGCAUUUUCUCACACCGCACGUUGAAAUAUCCAUUCCAUAUCCUGAGCAAAAUAGCGCGAUGCGCAAUCCGAGUCCAGCACCGCUGAAUGGCGACAGUCCUAAUAGUCCGCAAAGCGCUGACAGCAACAGUAAUGCUCCGACCAGCAGCCAUCAUCAACUACCAGUAAACACUAUUAGUUCUCACAGCAUUAGCGAGGGGGAGCAGAUCAUCACUCCUUCCAUCUCUCUGAUUCCGAUAAAACAGGAGCCAAAUAGCAACGGAUUGUUGGAUGAGAAUGGUGCAACCUCCAGCAAUCUACCUUUACCAUCGCUAAUCAAGGUAUCGCCGUUAAAGUCUUUGUUGCGCGACGACUUGCGUCGCAAACUUUCUAGCAGUAAUAGCAACCUCAACAACAAUAAUAACAGCAACCACAACAACAACAAUAAUAAUGCCAAUGGUAGUAGCAACAAUAACGUCAACAGCAAUAAAAUCAACAACGCUGGUAAUAGUACUAACAUUAAUCACGUAAACAAUAAUCCGCAUGCGCGCGGUGAACCUCCAACGUCCACGAGACCGGACCAACGUAGUACCGGUCUCCAGUGCAGUCACUGUAGAAUUACUUUUCCUGAUCAAACUCUCUACUUUUUGCACAAGGGUUGCCAUAGCGAGAGUAACCCUUGGAAAUGCAACAUAUGUGGCGAGCAGUGCUGCAAUCUAUACCAAUUCAAUUCGCAUUUACUUAGUAAAAGUCAUCAAUAAUUCGCCACAUUGGUUCGCUUAUUUUACAUCCACUAUGAACGAAAUCAACGAUUUCGAAAUUUUCAACUAUGAGCAUUUUAAUUAAUCUCAUUAAUUAAGAAAAAAAGUCAUAGACUAAAAGAUAGUUACUUGUGACAAAGUAAUUUUUGAGUAAUGAGCAUUACUCAUUUAUUUUUACUUGUCCUUGUACGUUUUAUUCAUUGCAAGUCAUUCAACAACAAAUCUAUUUUCAAAAUGUUCUCAUGUUUGGUGUAAUAGAAAUCAACGUUUGAUUUUUUUUUUGCUUGUAGAAAUUAUUACAUGAAUACUUGUAAAUAUUUUAAAUUAUAGAAUUGAUUGAAUUUGCACUGUACAUAAUAUUAUGAAAUGAGAAAUUUUUUAAAUAUUCAAAUGACGUUGAAUCAUAUACGUGAUUGAUUGCACUAUGCUAUUUUGCAAACAAAAAAAUUUUACACAGACGAUUGUAUCAAUCACAAAUACAAUCUGAUAAACCAAAGAUACUACAAUGCGAUGUAUAUGCCCUGUAAAACAGGUAUUUAUUUUUGUUGGGCUUUUCAAACAUAACUAACAAGUGCUUACUUGUUUUUAAAAAGAAUCGCGAAGAUUAACUAAAAGGUCACUAUUUGUACAGUCGAAAUAUUUACAAGUAAGCAUGUUUUUAGUUUGAUGCCCGGCUAGUGCAUUUAGAAUUUUCGGGUGUCUAUCGCUGAACUCACCUAAAUUAUCGUAAAACGAGAGAAAUCGUGCCUUUUAUGCAAACUCGUCCAUCAAGCAUUCACCGCGUGAGAACGAGAUCCGUCCAUAGGGCUUGGCCGAAUUAUUUCAAGCUCCAACUAUCUAGUUAUGAACUAAGAAACAAGUGCGUUUAUGUAUAUGCGUGUAUGCUCAUAUAUAUUUAUAAUGUAUAUCUGCAUACCUGAAAUAGUUUCAAAAUUGUCAAAUGACAAGUCGAAUUUCGGCAUGAUAGAUUUGUAUUUAGUAGAUAGGGAUUAAAUAGUUUACAGCAACAAACCUCUUGUUAUAAAGUGUUUUAAAAACACGAUUUAUAACAAGCGUUGCGGCGAUUAAUUUCAAAACUUUGAUUCACAUAUAUAUAGAGUUUUUAUUCACGGAUUCUUGUUCGUUGUUAAUAUACCAACAGUCUAACACCAUUUCUAAAGAUGAGUUGUUCUAAUGGUAUUAACCAUGUUUUAAACUUUCUUUCAAAGAAAAAUUGUGUAAACAAAUUUGUAUGUGUCAAGAUCAACAUUUUGUGCAUAUGAGAUCUUUGCAUGAUAGAGUGUACAUUCAUCUAUAUACCUUGCUCACCAAGCUUGUUUUUUUUACAUUCUUGAAAAUUAGAGAAUUUGAAUUUUGACAAGUUAUAUCACUCAUAAGUUAUUCUGAGUGCUUUUGACAAAAUUCUAUGAAUUAGCUCAGCAGAUAAUGCAAAUUAACAUCUGCUCAGCUUAUCAGCAUUUUGCCUUUAAUUCGGCAACUUAUUUUAUAUAUAAAUAUUUGUACAGAAAUAAAAUUAAGAUAUAUAAUAUAUGAAGGAGAUUAAAUUAAAAAAAAACUUUAUAAUAUACACAUUUAUGGAAGGCAACACGUGAACAUGAAUUUAUUUUAUUUUGUUGUCAUAAGAAAAGAAAGGUUAUAAAGAAAAUAAAAAGGCAGAUUGUCACUUAUACACUGCUGUAAAUGGUUGUAGUUAUAUUAUUUAAUAAUUGUUCUACAUAUAUAUCUAUAUAGUUAUACUUAAUUAAUAUUGUACUAUUGAACUACCUAUAGCACAUAAGUAAUUUAUUGCCUUGCAUUCCAAGAAAAUUGAAAAAAGAGCGCUAGUUUAAUUUCUUAUUGAUAAUAUAAAUCAUUAAGUAAAGGUUGUUAAUGAUGCUUAUUGUAAGAAGCUUAAAAAUUUUGUUAUUUUUGCAUAAUGCUCUGGAAUUACUUUUUUAUUUAAUUUUUUCAGUAUAGAAAACUCAUAUUGUCACUAAAUAAAUAUUUACAAAUCUUCACAACGUAUAUCGUAAAAAUAACAGCAUUUAUAAUAAAUUAUCAACUUUUUGUGCAAGCAUCAUUAGCUUACAAUUUUUGUAAAACUAUCUUGUACAUACAUAAUUAUAUCUAUGUGUUCAUCAUAUUUUUGUCUGCGGUUAAAAUAAAUAUAAAAAUUGUUCGAUCAACUCAGUAGUUGACAGUGCUGACAAGUGCCUGAUCCAAAUCAAGAUGGUGAUUUGUCUUGCCUUCUUGUUCAUGCCCUUGUGCUAUUUGUUUAGUAUUAAGGGUAACCCUACAUAAUUUAUCAUUGAAUAAAGUAUAAAAAAGGGCAUAGUUCACUGUACUUGUAAAAAGGUACAAGUAGUUUUUGAUGCAAAAAUCUACUUAAAAAAUGUAAUUCAAUAUACCUAUAUAUACACUUGUACCAAAAUCAUGAUUAAAAGCCUUGCACUGUAUUUUCUAAAUAGGACCAGAAAGUAGAAAAAUGCCUUAUACUGUGAUCGCGCUUAUCGAGAAAAAAAAUAUAUAUCUAUAUAUAUAAAAAUAGUUUUCAAAUGACUUAGUAUAAAAAUAUAGAACGCAGCAUUGGACUCUGACAUAAGGGCAUAGUUUUAAAUUCAAGCUUAAAUGCUAUAAACAGCAAAAGCCAUCCAAAAGCCAAUAAAAAAUAAACGAAAAUAUGAUGAAAGAUAAAGUAAAAGAUUAUGCACCUUUUCCAUUGAUUUAUAAGGGAGUAAGUAUUGUAUGUUCAAAGUUCAGUAAUUUAUAAGAAAACUAUUGUUCUUGUUAUCAACGUGUAUUGCGUCUAAAAAUGUUAAAAAAUUAUAAUUAAUCAUGUACUCACCUUACGUUGUAUGAAAAAAAUUCCAAUUAUCUUUAUCAAUUUAUUUAUCUGUCGUUUUGACAAUUUGUUUAAAUAAAUAUUUAUAAUUUUAUGACUGUUGAUUAGAUAAACCUUAUGUGAUUUAUUUCAUAGCGUACCGUUCAAACUGCACCAUCGAGUUGUAAUAUUAUUGUAUAAUUAUAUGUGCGUAUGAUGUACAUCCGUGACUAUGCAUGUAUAUGAUACAUACAUAGGCAUAUAUACAUAUAUAAAUAAACAUAUGUUUAUAGUUUCAAAAA